UCCGGGGCAACCAGGCAUAGUUCCAGGGCAACCAGGCAUAGCUCCAGGGCAACCAAGCAUAACCCAAGUGCAACCAGGAGCUCCAGAUGAUGAUGAUGAUUUUGCAGAUUUCCAAGCAGCCCCAACUCCCACUUUGCAUCAAUCAAGUUCCUUUGGAGAUUUCACACAAGUUUCUUCUGGUGCAAACACCCAACCUCCAGGAUCAAGUAUUCCACCACUAGGUACAACUCUGCAAACUCAAACAAACACAUUUCCAAAGAUUUCCUCUGAGUCGGAUCUUCUUGGUGCUGAGGAUAAAUAUGCAUUUCUUCGCAGUAUGGAUUCUAGUCCCCCAGCACCCAAACAACCAAUAGAUGGCUCUGCUACAUUGCCGGAAAUACCAAAACUUGCGCUGGAUUCUCCAGUUUCCAAAACUAGUCCUGAGAGUCCAGAUGACUUCGCCAAUUUUGAGAAAUAUUCAGAAGCGGUCAUCAAAGGAAAUUUGGAUGUGUUGAAGGGGUCUGAUGUUGAUUCCCCUCGAAGUGUAGAAAGUGAUGAAAAUGAAAUGUUUAAACGUAUAAAACACGAGAAACUUAUGCAAAAGAAAAUGGCUGCCUCAACGGCUUCGACAGAAGACUGGGCAGACUUCCAAACUUGCGACAUUCCAGAACCAGCGGCUAAAAAAAGCGAAGUGCCAAAAUUUGAUAAAAUGUCAAUAUUGCAAAAGUUCAACGAACCCCCUCCAAAGCCUAUAAAAUUAGACCAAGCAGAGGAUGAUGUUAACCCCUCCACAAGUGAUCAACAAGACGAUGACGAUUGGGCAAAUUUUGAAAGUGCACCCCCUGUUCCUCCCAUUUCAACUAACAACCUCACCAUCACUAGAAAACAGAAAUAUCCCAAAAUGGAUGAUGACCAAUCCAAAGUGGAAAAUAACUUCUCCAGUAAUAAUGACAAUUCUGAUUUUGGUGCUUUUAGUAUGGUGCCUCCUCCAAUGCAGAGUCAGUCAUCACCACCUAAAACUCGUAGAAUGUCAUCUAAAACUCGCCUUCCAAGCUUGGACGAUGACAGUCCUAUGUUUGAACCACCCCCAUUUGAACAAGAAGGUGAAAGUCACACAGCUGGAGUUUUUGGCGAUUUCUUUUCGACUGAUCCGGAUGCUCAACCUAAUAAACACCUGGAGGACAUGUUUGAACCAAAACCAAAACCCAAAAAACAAAUACCUAAUCGAAAUACAACGAAACCUGAGAAUCAAGUUGAUAUGACUGAAUUUACUUCUCAUUUACAUACAAGCGCUAGUGGUCCUGAACUUUAUAAUCUUGAUACUGUUAAGCUUCGGAAAGAUGGCGCUGGGGAUAGCCAAUCAGUAUCUAGUUUAGAGCUUCCUCCAUUCCAUAACCAAUCAAAAGCCUUAAAAGAAGAUAACCAAUCAGUGUCUAGCCUUGAGUUCAAAACAAAAGUCUCGUCAAAAGAGGGUAGCGUGGAUAACCAAUCAGUGUCCAGUUUUGAGUUUCAAGAUCGUAAACCAAGUAUAAGUCAGGACAAUAAAUCUGUUGGAAGCUUGGACUUCAAAGGGCCUCCUGAUGAAGCGACAUCUGGUGUAGAAAAUGGAAACUCUGAAGCAGACGACAAUUUUGGAGAUUUCAGUGUGGCACCCCCUCCUUUACCAGUGUUGCCAACUGGGGCCCCAAAGUCUGCUACUGAAGUGAUGAGUGAGUCUGGACCACAGAUUGGUGUAGACAGAUACAGUUCUAUAAUGCAUGAUGUACAGGAUCAGGACAGACAUGCUGUUGAAUGGGAAAAGUGUCUUCAAAGCUGCUGUGAUGUCAUCACUAACGCAAACAGCACGUUCAACUCUGUAAGCAGUAGUGCAGUGUGCAGUGAAAUUAUUGGUUCUGAACAAGGAAAGGCAUAUCUAAUUGGAAUAGUAGAGAUAUACAGGGUGGUUUGUAAGAUCAACUUGGCUAUAAAGAUGUUUGCUAUCCACAAUGACAAUCUAUCGAUGGUCCUCAAGAAUAUAGACCUAAACUGGAACAACCUGACUGCAUUCAUUGCAGGCAACCCGAUAAUGCCUCCAGCUAGUUCCCUUGACUUCACAGCCGGCAUAGUGCGACCAGGGGACGAUGAGGCAGACAAGAAGGCAUGCGGUGUUUGCUUACUAAACGUGGACUCUAGGAGCAAAGCCUUUGAUAAGGCAAAUGACUGUCAUAAACUUACAUACGGAGGCAAGCAGUAUCAUGCUCCCUGUGCUAACUUCUGGGUGAAUUGUGUGGACUCUAUGCUCCCUUCUCUGCCAUUGCCUCAACUUAUAUGAUGUCAUAUAGCUAUAAUGUGUGGUAUAACAUGUAAUAUGUGGUAUUGAUAUGUGUGGUAUUACAUGUAGUAUGUGGUAUUGAUAUGUGUGGUAUUACAUGUA